AUCGCGGGCCGUGCGGCGGGAGCCUCGUUUGCAUAAUAAUAGAGGGGCGUGGUCAGCGUGCUGACCGAGAGCCCUGCCCAUGGCCCACAGCACCAAGCAGCCGUCUGCCGCCCUGCUACAUGCCACAGGCAAGGCUCAGCAUGGGAACUUCCUGGUGGCCAUCAAACAGGAGAAGGGAGAGUCGGCGCGGGUGGGCGGUGAGAAGCCGGAGGAGGAGCCGGUGAAGAAGAGGGGCUGGCCCAAGGGCAAGAAGAGGAAGAAGAUCCUUCCCAACGGCCCUAAAGCCCCCGUGACGGGCUACGUGCGCUUCCUGAACGAGCGGCGCGAGCAGAUCCGCACGCAGCAUCCCGACCUGCCCUUCCCAGAGAUCACAAAGAUGCUGGGAGCGGAGUGGAGCAAGCUGCAGCUCUCAGAGAAGCAGCGGUACCUGGACGAGGCGGAGCGGGAGAAGCAGCAGUACAUGAAGGAGCUGCGGGAGUACCAGCAGUCAGAGGCCUACAAAAUGUGCACGGAGAAGAUCCAGGAGAAAAAGAUCAAAAAAGAGGAUGUGGGUGCAGUGGCCGUGAACACCCUACUCAACGGGCACCCGCACAAGGCUGGUGAGUGCAGCGACACCUUCUCCACCUUUGAUGUGCCCAUCUUCACCGAGGAGUUCUUGGACCAAAACAAGGCCCGGGAGGCCGAGCUGCGACGCCUGCGCAAGAUGAACACGGAGUUCGAGGAGCAGAACGCCAUCCUGCAGAAGCACACGGAGAGCAUGAACUGCGCCAAGGAGAAGCUGGAGCAGGAGCUGGUGCAGGAGGAGCGGCAGACCCUGGCCCUGCAGCAGCAGCUCCAGUCUGUGCGGCAGGCCCUCACUGCCAGCUUCGCCUCCCUGCCCAUCCCUGGCACUGGGGAGACCCCCACGCUGAGCACCCUGGACUUCUACAUGGCCAAACUGCACAGUGCCAUUGAGAGCAACCCCCUGCAGCACGAGCCGCUGGUGCUGCGUGUCAAGGAGAUCCUGUCCCGGAUUGCCAGUGAACACUUGUGAGAGGACCAGUCCUUCCAGACCCCGGACCUGGCUGGACCCCGUGCCUGUCCCUUGAGCUCACUCAAGGGACAGUCUCUGCAGAGGCUCUGGCUGCUCCCCCUGCCCCUUGCACCUUCCUGCAGCCGGGACCCCCAGCCCAGACCACCUAACCCACGGCUGCACCAACUCCAGGGACCUUGAGCUUUGGGGGACAGGUGGUGACAGGGCUGAGAGCCCAGCUGGGGCAGAGGGUCAGCAUUGGCAUGAGCCCCCCUCGCUCUCCCCUGGGCCCCUAGCCCUGCCUUGCCAACCAGGGGCUCCCUGAAGCCUGACUGGGGCAGGGGAGGCGCUGGUGGGUUUGGGUCUGGAGUGAACACAGCCCUUCAGGGUGAACUGGGGCUGUGGGGAAUGGGGGCAGUGGGGGGACCCCUUGGUCCUGGUGCUGCCUCCUGUCCCCUGGCCAGCUUGGGAGCCUCUUGGUCCCAUCCCUGCAAGGACAUGAGGGCAGUUCCUUCCCCCUACCUGCCUCAGCUUUUAUUUGAUGUGUGCCUUCAGCCCCUGCCCCUGUCACCCUGCUUGGCUCCCCUCCUUCCCCUCUGUAUAUGGGACCAGGCAGCGAGCUCCUGACAGCAAUAAAACUCUUUGGGCCAGAGGGGAGCUGGAACUGUGACCCCCUCCUAGGGAAGGGAGCAGGGGAGAGCUGGGACUGACCCCCUGCCAUGGACCCUGUAGCAGGGGAGCUGUGACCAACCCCUUCCUGCUUGUAGGGACCCUGGGUGUGCUGCACUGGCUUUUGCCUCCUGCCCCUUUUGCCUGAGCCCCCCUGCUCUUGUGGGACCACUGUGCUGGCAGCCGGGGUCGGGCUUGGUGUCCCCGGGGCUGCCUGUCAUUAAUCUCAGACUGUGUAAUUAGAGAGUGUCUUAUUUUCUUACUUAGCACUACAUGGGCCGGGGGCCGGGGUGUUCCCACCCCUCCCUCGCUUGCCGGGCCUGCGCUGUGCAUCUGCCAUUUGCCAUCUCCUGCUGCCGCUGGGCUGGGGAUGGAGAUGGGAGCAAAUAAAUGUGGGAGAAAACCGC